CGCCAUUUCUAACAUUUGUUUCCUGGUACGUGAUCGAUGCGAGGACGCAAUUCGUGAUUGUCGUAAAACUGUAUGUACGAGAAAUCCAGUUGAAUCAGUUAAAUUUCAACAAUUUUCCACGGUAUUCUACAAUCAAGCCACGUAUUAGAUCUGCGUUUGGUUGCCGAGAACAAGAUCUUGCAAACAUACUGAUAAUUCUGCGUGCGCUCCUUGCAAAACCUGAGCAGCUGCGAAUUUGUAUGUUCUGUUUUCCAGUUGCGCCAGCUAAGUUGUGCGGCAGCAAACCCAUCUAAAGCAUCGGCGUCACCAAACAGAGCCUUAGAAGGCAAGCAAGCGCAGAGCUAUCACUGCUAUAUCCAGCUGAAUGCCAAAAUCAAAGGAAAUGGAGGAAAGCAAUAACGAGAGCAAUGACAUUUGCCGCGACUUUCAGCGUAAUGUGUGCACGCGCGGCAAAAAUUGUAAAUAUCGACACCCUGACAACGGAGUACAAAGCGAAGGUGUUUCCGUGUUCUGUCACGACUAUCAAAACCGUGAAUGUCGCCGCAUAAACUGUAAGUUUGUCCAUUGCUCUAGAGAGGAGGAAGAAUACUACCGUGAAACUGGGAAACUUCCACCUGGUGUUGAAGAUAAUCGACUUGGCAACAAUUAUGACCCAGACGACAUUCCAAUCUGUCGUGAUUACUUGAAGGGAGACUGCUCUCGCGGAAUGAAAUGCAAGUACAGGCAUAUAAGCCAGGGCGACUACGAGUAUGAGCAGCGAAUGCGCCGCAGAAUGAAAUACAUGAAUGUGCAAAGAGAUACGUAUGACUCAAGGCCACCAAGCUUUGAUGAGUACGAGUAUGAUCGCAUGCGACGUCGCUACACUUCAUCUUAUGACAUGUAUGGCUUCGAUAGGGAUAGAAUGCUCCCUGGUAGGGACUCCUCAAGAGAACUUGAGGAGGAGAAUUUCGCUCUUCGAAGGCGAGUUGAAGAACUGAAAAAGAAGGUCAACGACUUAACUGCUGCGAAUGAAGUCCUUCUAGAUCAAAAUGCAUGCUUGCGAACACAGCGAAUGGGGGGACAGGCCUCCGCUGUGAAAAGUCAAGCGACGCAUUCGUUAAACAACUCAACAGCCAUUCUGUCUCAUGCAACAGCAUCCACGCCCGCUAUGAUUAUAGGUCAGACCACUGCUAUCGGGCAGGAUGCUACAGCUGUUGCACUUGCAGAGCAGAACCAGCUUCUUGCACCAGGUCUGACCAGCAGUUUGACGACCGGUCUUACCACUGUGUCUAUGGGUUCAGCGAUGGCACCACAGGUGCAAGUCCCACUCAGUGUUCCUACAUCGAUGGUAUCUUAUCCCAUAGUGUCCCAGGGAAUUCACAAUGCUCUUACUCAAAGCUCCAUGAGUCGAUAGGUCUUGGAAUUCUUGCUAGAAUUCAAUAUUUGCUAAUCGUUAAAAUUGCUUCACAAGCUCAGUGCGUUCAAACCUAUGAUAACAAUAAAACCUUUCAUUGUUAACAUUUUGUAGAAAUGCCUUCAUUAUUUAUUAAGGUAUUAUUUUAAUUAUAAUCUUGGAUUAUUCUACUGUAUAAUGUAAAAGGCACAAAAUUAACAGGUUUCAAUUCUGCAUAUUACGCACUGCAAAAUAUUAAUUGAUCAUAUCACAAAUACUGUACUACUGCAUAUUUGAUGCCAUUUUCCUCUUAAUAUUAAGAUGGGUUUGUAUUCUUUAGCCUAGCAUUUGUACAGUAAUGUACCUGUACAGACGAAUGUUUAACUCGGUUUAGUACUGUACAGAACUUUAAAAUGCCUUUGCAUAAACUUUUAAUCUGGCAAUUGUACUAAAUACUAGUUUAAUGAUUUUUAUAUUUUACCACUAUUGAUAGAACAAAUAAGAAUGUACAGUAUACCAUUUCGGUUUUCAUUUGAUCAUCAUUCUUUGUUGCAUUUAUGUUGAUUAUUUUCUUCGACAAUUAAAAUGACUGGAUUGUUAGGGUUAUUUUAUGUACAUUAGUGGACAUUCUUUGUAUUGAAAAUGCUCUUCAACAGCUACUGUGUACAGUAGUAGCUAUGAAUUAUUACAAAACAAUGUGUGUUUUUGACAUUUUCAUGUAUAGUGCAUUCUAUCUUAAUGAACAUGUAUAGAUGCAAGUUAACCAACAGCCAAUUUCAGGACCGAGAGCUUGUGUAUGUAAACAAACAUAAGAUGAAUAUUCUAGCCAAAAAGAAAUAUGUGAUGUUCUCUCUUAAUGUGAUUCCUGCACUUGUAUGUGGUCCCUGCACUGUGAUCCAUACUCCUAUAUGUGCAAGUGUUUUGCAUGAUCACUUAAUAUUAGAUGAAGUUCUUAAAGUAGUUGCUUGAUACAUAAGUAUUUUCAUUUGUUUCUAUUUGUCACUAGUAAGGAUGUUGACAUUUGUUAUAAUUGCAUUCUAUUCUGUUCUGUAUAAAAUAUACCCAUUUGCAAAAGUCAAACUAACUUUAAAGAUCACAAAUAUAUACAGUAUGAAUUGUGAGUGUUGUAGCCAACAAUGUUUGUAGUAUGUCUGGGGUACAGGCUUGUCAACUAAUAAACCGUUCAGUGUCAUGUAUAUUGCUGUUAUGAAUUAUAGCCUUAAGGAAUUGCUAAUGUUCGUAAUGAAUGCUGUUAUCCUAUUAAAAUUCCAAAUCUGUCGGUACCAAAUGAA